GUCGAGGCCUUGGUCGAGGCACAUCGGUCCAUCACUAAUUUAGAUUUGGAAAAAAAUAAAUUUUAUCUAUUCGAUCGACAUUGUGUCAUAAAUGGAACUUAUCAAAAUUUUAUCAAAAACACCUGAAUUAUGAAUGAUAACAUGUGUUGCGUGUUGGAAUCCGUUGGUGUUAGCCUAAAAUAGGCGAUUAAAACAAAAAACUUGAGUGCAACUGGUCCUAAUCAGUCUUUCUUAAAAAUAUCGAGUACAGAAGAGUCUCCGGCAAAUCAAUUUUUUAUUGAAGUAACAAGAAUGGUGUUUUGUUAAAACCGUAACAGUGGACUGUUUAUAAUCAUUCCAAUUUAAAUAAAUAAAAAUUGAAAAAAAGUGCAAAAUAAUGGCAAGGUAUUUUGAAAAUACGUCGACUUUUAACUUUAGUUGGGACCAAGUUGCAUGUGGGUACUGGAAAAGAUACCCUAACCCACUGAGUACCCAUGUACUAUCAGAAGACACUUGGAGCCGGCAAGUCAAAGAUGGCUGUCUCUAUACCAAGAGGCUCCUUACCAAAACCAACAGAGUACCAAAAUGGGGUGAAAGGUUCUUCAAUGCAAAAUCAGUUAAAAUUAUCGAAGAAAGCAUAGUGGACCCUGAGAAAAAAAUACUGGUCACAUACACUAGGAACUUAGGAUAUACUAAAGUUAUGAGUGUAGUGGAGCGAGUGGAGUACCGGUCGGCCGGGCCGGGGCAGACAGUGGCGCGGCGCUCGGCGUGGAUAGAUUCCCAGGUGUUCGGCUUCUCGCGCGCCAUACGAGCCUUCGGCGUCGAGAGGUUCCGCAAGAAUUGCACGCAGAUGGUGUUCGGGUUCAACCACGUCCUGCAGUCGAUGUUCCCGAGACAAGCGCCGCCGCAGCCGAGCCUGGCCCCGAUGAGCCACACGCUGAAGGAGAUGCGGGACGCGGCCGCGGCCGCCACCGACCGGGCGAAGGCCAACGUGCUCUCUUCCGUCAACAGGACAUAACACGACCACGAUUGACACGAGAGAGGUGACGUAUGAUUAACUCAAAUAAUGUAGGCAAUGUGAUUUGGUCGGUUACGAGCGCUGGCUUCCUCUUGUUCCAACAUUUGUGUCCGCGAAUUGUCUUUUAAAACUCUUGUCAUGCAUUAUCAAACUUAGUAGGCUAAUGUACUGUCUUCCGUUAAAAUAGCGUAAUAUUACAAAAGAAGAAUACUUGUUAAUAGACUAAGUUAUACAAAGUUUAAUUUGAUCGGUUAUGGGCCCAGGUUAAGUCUUGUUUUAACAUUUUUGUCCGUAAAUUGUCAUUGUAUAAUUUAACACGUAUGACACACUAAAUCUUGACUCAUGUUCUCAUAAUAAUAUAUGUUCUCAUAAUAAUUCGUCCUUCGUCAGUCCAUAUUAGGACAAAGGUUGAGAUGUGUACAUAAACUAAUAGAUUUAUAUCCAGUUUAAGUUGGUAGGUAAUGGGCGUUGGCUUCUUGUUGUUUAAGUACUUUUACUACGGCGUGACACCUGCAAAAUUACUCAAAUCUGCCUCCUAUGUACAAAUAAAUACAUUAUGUGCAUUGUGCACAUCAUAUAUGUCUAAUUUAAAUAUCUGUAUUUCUUUGCAAUAAUUACUGAAAAUUUCAUUCCUUAUUGCGUUCUACUAUGGCCGAUAACCUAUAAAAAAAUGUUAAUUAAAAUUAUUUACAUAAAAUUACAAUACACAAUAAGAAAUAAUACGAAUAUGUCAAAAUAUGUUUGCUUUGCUUAUGAUUUAAAAUUAUUAUCGAAAUAUGUUUGAUAGUAUGUGUUAUGAAGCCAGAUAGCACUUGAGUUGAUGAUAGCAUAAUAUUGUCAAGUGGAAGAACAUCAAUGUAUUGACUUGCUUGGAGUGUAGCAAAAAAUCUAAUGAAAUCCACUUCACCUCUAUGUGGACUAAUAGCUUGUAACAAUUGUUUGCUAAAAAUGUGUAUGAUUCGAAGAUCAUUGGUUUAUCAGUUGAUAGGUCGUUGGUUAGUAUCGGCUAUAUAAUUCUCUAUGCGAUUUUUGCUCAUAAUUAUUUGAUUAAACAAAUAAUUAAGUGAGUAACAUCACUUGUCAAAGAAUAUGGAUUAUUCUUUGACAAGUGAUGGUCUGCGUGAUGGUGUGGAUUCUAAAUUAGAUUUCUGAAUUAGAAUUGUAUAAAUAAGUAAGUCGCUAAAGAGUAACUGUUGCAUAUACCAUUAUAUAAUUUCACAUUCAUGUUGCACUUUGAGUAUACAAUUUAUGCUAAUAUAGUAUUGUUUGUCAUUUAAAUCGGUAAUUUACGGUUAUGACAGCCAAUGUACAGUCAACAACUACUCAUCAAGUUACCCUGCAUGAUCCUAAUAGCGACAAGUUUGUAACGAAUUAGGGUAGGUUGAUGUGCUGUUGACUGUACUAGUUAUGACAAAGAGCUGUAUUAACAAUUCGAUAUGUUGGUAUAAAUCGUUUUGAAGGGGCGUUUUCUUUCAAAAUUAAUAAUAUUGUAAACAGGAUUCAUUGAAAACAGAUCCAUUUUAAAAAAAAUCAAUUUUAAGAUUCAUUCUAACGCUAGAUUUUAUAAAUGUAUCAAUGUGAUUGGAUCUAUUCUCACUCAUUGCUCCUACAAUUUAUUGUUAAGAUGUCGAUUUAAAACAUAUCUGUACUAUAAAGUGUUAAAACUAGGAUAUAAUCAGGUUUCCUGGUUUUAUUCUUCAGUUUGACAAGGUUAUAAUGCUAUGAACGAGCGAUAAUGUAUGUAUAUGUAGGGAUUUUUUCUUACUCAUUGUUUAAACAAGAUAUUGUUUGAAAUGAC